AUGACAGACAGAGUGAACUUUAGUGCCCCCAAAGCCAACCCCCGUCCUGCCAUGGCGCCUCUGCUCCCACCUGAGCCGAUCGACAUCAUUCGCACCAAAGCUCGCUCCCGCCGGGUCCGGCUCAAUGUCGGCGGUCUGAGUCACGAAGUACAGUGGAGGACACUGGACCGCCUGCCUCGGACGCGUCUGGGUCGCCUGAGGGACUGUAACACCCAUGAGUCUUUGCUAGAGAUCUGUGAUGACUACAGUCUGACUGAUAACGAGUAUUUCUUUGAUCGGCAUCCCAUGGCCUUCUCCUCCAUCCUCAAUUUCUACAGAACAGGGAAGCUGCACAUGAUGGAGGAGAUGUGCGCUUUGUCCUUUGGCCAGGAGCUCGACUACUGGGGGAUCGAUGAGAUCUACCUGGAGUCCUGCUGCCAGGCUCGGUACCAUCAGAAGAAGGAGCAGAUGAACGAGGAGCUGAGGAGGGAGGCGGAGACGCUGAGAGACAAGGAAGGAGAAGUGGAGGAGCAGGGCUGCUGCCCGGACCAACGGCAGAAGCUCUGGGAUCUGCUGGAGAAGCCCAGCUCCUCCAUUGCUGCCAAGGUCCUGGCCAUGGUCUCCAUCCUGUUCAUCAUCAUCUCCACCAUCUCAUUGUCCCUCAACACUCUGCCAGAGCUUCAGGUAGUGGAUGAGUUUGGUCAGUUCAAUGACAACCCCAGCCUGGCCCACGUGGAAGCCGUGUGCAUCGCCUGGUUCACCAUGGAGUACCUGCUCCGCCUGUUGUCAGCGCCUAACAAGUGGAACUUCAUCAAAGCACCGCUGAACAUCAUAGACCUGCUGGCUAUACUGCCUUAUUACGUGACGCUCUGCCUGACUGAGUCUAACAAGAGCGUGAUGCAGUUCCAGAACGUGCGCCGCGUUGUCCAGAUUUUCCGUAUCAUGAGGAUCCUGAGGAUCCUGAAGCUGGCGAGGCAUUCCACAGGACUCCAAUCCCUGGGCUUCACUCUGCGGAGAAGCUACAACGAGCUGGGGCUGCUGAUCCUCUUCCUGGCUAUGGGGAUCAUGAUCUUCUCUAGCUUGGUGUUCUUUGCAGAGAAGGACGAGGACUCCACUAAGUUCACCAGCAUCCCUGCCUCCUUCUGGUGGGCCACUAUUACCAUGACGACAGUCGGAUACGGCGACAUCUAUCCACAGACGCUGCUGGGCAAAAUCGUGGGAGGUCUUUGCUGCAUUGCAGGCGUGCUGGUCAUUGCUCUCCCCAUCCCAAUCAUCGUCAACAACUUCUCUGAAUUCUACCGAGAACAGAAGAGGCAAGAGAAGGCCAUCAAGAGACGGGAGGCUCUAGAACGAGCCAAGAGAAGCGGAAGCAUCGUCUCCAUUAACCUGAAGGACGCCUUUGCUCGCAGUAUGGAACUCACAGAUGUCCUGGUGGAGAAGAAAGAGGAGAACAAAUGUCCGGCGGACAACCACCUGUCCCCGAGUCGCUGGAGCUACCACAAACACUACUCCAACACGGAGGUCUGCAGCCCAGCCAGGACGCAGCGGUACGAGGAGGUCCCACAGUGGAGCUCCCCCGAGGCCCUAAAACCGCUGCUGAAUACGGCGUCUCCUCGUCACCGUCCGUACGAGUCCAGAGAGGAGCAGCAAGAACCAGCUGCCCAGGAGGAGACGAAGACCGACAAGACCACCUCCUGUCCAACCCAGCAACCUUCUGCUGCUGAACAGGAAGAGGCUAGCUCUGCGCUAGCGGGGGUCAGAGGAGGUCAAAGCAGUCUGAGGUCCUCUAUCCCCCCUCCCUUGGAUUUAAGUCAGAUCAGCACCUCAGAAACGACCCGGGGCCCCGACAGGGACCCCCCCAUGACAAUGAUCAAAGAGGGCUUGUAUGAGUUUGUGUCCACUCCCCAAAGAACGGCAGCAGAGGGAACGAGUCUGGUGCUACGAAGAGCCGGAAGCUUUGAAACCCUGAAGGUCGACCUCAUCGGCUCUGAGGGCGACGUCCUCACAGCCGCCAUGACACCAGUAACGGCCCCCGCCGCCGUCCAGCAGCUUCCGCCUGAAGAGGUGUUCCCCGCCGCUCCAGAGGACGCCACAUCUGCGCUGACCUUACCGCAGUCCCCGUCCCGUGAGUCUGCAGGUGAGCGUCCCAUAAUCAGGAGCUUAGAAGGUGAAGGACAACAGGCCGGCUUAAUCCACCAGGGGAAGAAUCACAUGGAGAGGGCUGCUGCUGGCUCAUGCAUUAGCUCCAGCUCAGCUAAAGCCAGCCCACUCAACUGCACCCAGGAGCUGGUGGCUCUGGGAGGAGGCGAGGGGGCGGCGGCCCGCGAGCGACAGGCUGGAGAAAAACAGGAAAACCACAUCGAACUGGAUGGGAGUUUGACUCCGCCCUGUGAAACCAGUAUGUGAGCUCAGCCUAACCACAGAGAGACGCUGAGGAAAUCCAAAGCUGAUGGCGGAGACCUGGCUUAGAUCUCCGUUAGCUGAUACCGACGCUGGAAGCACAAACAUAGAAGUCAUUAUGUUAAAAAAAAAAGACGAUAUUUGGUUGAUUUAUUUUGGGAAUGCUGCUUUCAGGAACCGAACAUACCUGAGGCCUCGGCGUGGGAAUCCAGAGGCUCGGCUCCACAUG